CAGGAGGACCAACAGAGUGGGGGAGAGGGACGGGAGGAGAAAAGCUAGGAGAGGCGGGGACCAGGGGGCCAGCAGCUUGCAGACAGGGCGCUAGCGCACUCCUGUCUCCAGAGACACCCCCACCCCAGCCCCUGGGACUUCCCAACGUCUGUGGCCUGGGGUGCCACCAGCCGAGCCUGAUGCGGGUGGCCUGGCUCCUCGGGGCCCUGGUGGUCCUCCAGCUCCUCAGCUUUGGCCAGGGGGCUCGGGGAGCCGAGAGGGAGUGGGAGGGAGGCUGGGGAGGCGCCCUGGAGGAGGAGCGGGAGAGGGAGGCCCUGAUGCUGAAGCACUUACAGGAGGCCAUGGGGCUGCCCCUUGGGAGGGGGGACGAGAGUCCUGCCGGCACCCCUGAAGACACAGGAACUUUGGAGGCCGAGGAGGACGGGCAGGGGGAAGAAGAGGAGGUGGAAGCAACGGCAACCCCUUCCCCCCGCCCCAGCCCCUCUCCCACCCCUGAGGACGCCAUCACUUACAUCUUGGGCCGCCUGGCCGGUCUGGACGCGGGCCUCCACCAGCUGCACGUCCGUCUGCACGUGUUGGACACCCGCGUGGCGGAACUGACCCGGGGGCUGCGGCAGCUGCGGGAGGCGGCGGGCGACACCCGCGACGCGGUGCAAGCGCUGCAGGAGGCUCAGGGCCGUGCCGAGCGCCUGCACGGCCGCCUGGAGGGCUGCCUGAAGGGGCUACGCCUGGGCCACAAGUGCUUCCUGCUCUCGCGCGACUUCGAGGCGCAGGCGGCGGCGCAGGCGCGCUGCACGGCGCGGGGCGGGAGCCUGGCGCAGCCGGCGGACCGGCAGCAGAUGGAGGCGCUGAGCCGCUACCUGCGCACGGCGCUCGCGCCCUACAACUGGCCCGUGUGGCUGGGCGUGCACGACCGGCGCGCCGAGGGCCUCUACCUCUUCGAGAACGGCCAGCGCGUGUCCUUCUUCGCCUGGCACCGCGCGCCCCGCCCCGAGCCCGGCCCCGCGCCCAGCUUCCCGCCGCACCCGCUCAGCCCCGACCAGCCCAACGGCGGCGCGCUGGAGAACUGCGUGGCGCAGGCCUCGGACGACGGCUCCUGGUGGGACCACGACUGCGAGCGGCGCCUUUACUACGUCUGCGAGUUCCCCUUCUAACGGGGGCCGCUCCCUCCCGGCCCGCUCCCGGGGGGCGGGGGGCUCCUGCGGGCCCGGGACCCCCUCCGUGCGUGUGUCUGCCCUACACACCAGGCCCGCUCUGGCGCCAAUAAAGCCUGGUGGAAUCUGA